UUUAUUAGUAUAUGUGAUGUAAAAUUCUGUCUGAGUUUCGUUCGCUGUCAUUCAUGAUAAAGAGAAUAGUUUAACACUUCAAAAGAACACAUCCAUGCAUACACACAUCAACUUGCACGGAUACAUUUGUGAUGCAAAUAAGAAGGAAAACAUUAAAAAGUCAUGCAUACAGACCAUUAACGGUGGUGUAAAUUGAUCAAAUACAGCAAUUCAAGCGUAAACAUAGGUACGUGGCAUUUCAACUGUUGUCUGUGUAACAUCUUAAUGUUUAUUCAAAACGAUAUUUCUUCCACCCGCGGUAUAGAUCUAAAAAAUGAUAGUCACGCACGGCACACAAAAAAUCAGUAUAUAAGUUGACGGUUUCACUAUUCGGUACGUAGACAGCUUUGGAAGGCGGUCGUAAACAAAGGCUCAUUGGACGGUUUUCAGAAGACAGACAACAUGGCCUCUAUCAGUUUCAAGAUAAUAGCACUCACAGCUCUUGUUGCAAUGGUGCAUGGCUUUCACUCUGAAAAGAAUCACCCUAUGCCUGGAGGAAAAUUCCCCAUCGGUUCAGACGAUCUCUCGGUCGAAAAGGUAGCGCAGUUCGCUGCCAAUGAUAUUGGGUCCGAGUAUACAUUGGACAGCGUCGAGGAUGCCCAAAAAGCGAUUGUGGAAGGAUCGAUUUAUUACCUGAAAAUCAAAAUUUCCAAACCACAAGACGGCAUCACAAUUAAGAGGAGGACCUGCGAUGUCAAGGUAUACGAACCACUCAAUACUGAAAAUCUGGAGCUGAUUUCCUUCGAAUGCUCUGGAGCUGAUUUCCUUCGAAUGCAAUUAGAUCAUCCUUUCUUUUAGCUACAAUGGCAUGAAGAUGGACUAUUGAAUGUAUCUAAAACAUAAUAAAGCGACUAUAUAAAAGUCACCAUGCAUACAAUAACGCCAAUAUUAAAAGAGAACAACUUUCUAAUAAACAUUUUCCUGUAUGUAAUGCAUGUUUCUUUUUGCUUAAUAAUGACACUUGACCAACACUAUUUUUGACACUCACCUUUGUUCUUGAACCAUUUUCAUACGGUGUUCAUAUGUGUAUCAUCGCAUUAUAGAUCUGCUCUAUUUAAUA